CUGACAGCGGCUGUCUGUCGUAAACAUUUACAGUCAGCAGCACUACAACAUCCCCCUGCAAGGUGUGUGAUGCCCGACGUUUUGCCACUGAGCCAACCUGUUAAGCCGCUUAAAGAGAGGCUCGUCUAAUAGGUGGCACUGACCUUCAAGCUGAAGGGUCAAACAUUGUGAAGGUGGAGCCUGAUGGAUUAUGGUGAACAGUUUGAGAGGGAGGGCAGAGUCAUGUCACAAGGUCAGGUCCACGGUGCUGAUCUCUGUGAUAAUCUACCCAACCCCGGGGUCCUCACUGGAAAUCUCAAUGAGACACACAUACUCACACAGGCUCAAAGUAAUUCUCCCAUAAAAAACGAGGAGGGAGAGGAGCAGAGGCUCAGCCAACAAGCCUAUUUCAACAACAAUGGGAAAGAUAAGGGAGCAUACAAGGGACAGCAGAAGGAUGAAGAAGAAGACACUGAUGAGGUGAUGAAGGAAGAAGAGGAUGAGGAGGAAGAAGUAUCAGAGGCAUCAAGCUGUUUAAUAGGCUGCCAGUCACCGGACACCCUCAUGACUGAUUCCUCUUAUUCAGAAACUGGCAGUCUCUUGGAGACUCCAUAUCCUUACAGUCCUGGAACCAGUCCAGAGCCUACGUCCCCCAUCAUUCCAGUGGUCAGUCCAGUGGAAACAAGCCAGGGUGAUUCUGAGGUGGACUCGUGUAACUCCAACACUAAACCAGAUGUCUCCACCACAGGGUCCAUUACCUGCUCGCUAGGACCCACCUGCACCAUGGGGCCUAUUGAUUCCACUACACAAACUGUAACCUCAGACACAAAGCUCUUUAGUGCAACUGGGCCUUCAUGUGUCACAGAGACACAGAUACUUACAAAAACUACCAACUCCAGUUCAGGACAGUUUACCUCAUCUUCAGAGCAUGUCUUAAAUCAUAGAGCCACAGAUGUAGGACCCAUCACUCCAGCCGUGGAGAAAUCAACAGUAAUGAAAUGUCCAACAAGGCUACAAACUUCCACUACUUCAAGAGCAACAACAGAUCCACAUCACACCUACACCACAGGGCCUAUAACUACUGGUACAGAAUCCACCUCUUCUACAGGACCUAUAACCUCAAACAGGGAACACCUUACCUCUGCUCCAGUGCACACCUGCACCACAGGGCCCAUCCCAAACACUGCUCUGCUGGAAUUUCUGGAGCAGCUGGCACAACGAGGGGAUGACACUCACCUUCCCCAAUACCUUCACCAGGUUGCUGAAGCCUUUGUCUGUCAUGAAGACUAUCAAAGGGCACUAUGGUGCAUACAGUUAGAGAGACUCUACCACCAGAGAGUAUUGGACAACCUGAAUGCACUACAGGAACAAUGGGAGGCACAGUGUAAAAGGACUUCUACUGACUUGGCAACCCAACAUCUGGACACUCUUAAGCACAUCUGCCAGACGCACAGUCGACCAAGGGCUAAUGAUGCUGUGUAUGCAUCUCUGGACCUUUUAAGACCAACAUUUGAUAAAGGUGGCGCCGUAUCUCUAUGCACCUCAGCUUGUCAGGUUAAAGGAGGGAUGGAGCAGAGGGCCACAGACUCCUCCCUUCCUCUAAGCAGUCCUUCACUGUCACCCUCCAUUAGUUCGGCAGAUAGCCUCAAUUCUCCUGAGGUCACAGAAGCAGACAGGGAAGACCCAGACAGAGAAUUAACAGGGAAGGCCAGUUUCCACAAAUCUCUAUUGAAUGACAAGGAGGCCACUGACAGAGAGGGAGGAAAGGCAGAGGGAGGGCUGGGAUCCACCACUUCUGUUGAAGGAAGUGGAGUACACCCCUCCACGGCUGGACACAUGGAUCAGUCCAGACCCGCAGAGCAGCAGGGAGGAGAUUUAGCCCCAGCACAGGAAAAGGAGGCAAAAAAAGAAGAAGAGGAGAGGGACGUGGAAGAGGCAGCAGAGGCUCUAGAGAUGGAAGAUGAGGGAGAAGAAGAGGAGGAGGAGAAACAGAAGAGAAGACAUGUUACUUUUUGUCCGGAAGCUCUCCCAGUGGAGACCCUCGGCAGAGAGGUGGAGGUUCAACAUCUGCACCAGGAAGCUCUGGCAGAGGAGAAGAUACAUCAAGAGAAUUGGCUUUCCCAAGAAAUCCAGGAGGGUGAUAAAAACUCUAAGGCUCUUCUUGAAGUUCACCUUCUUCAAGGCGCUCAUAUGAAGCAUCAGGAACAGGGUGGUGAUGGGAAAGAGGAAGAAGAGGAGGAGGAAGAAGAAGAAGAAGAAGAAGAGGAGUAUGAAGUAGAGCAAGCUGACCUCAUCAGAGCUGCUGCGUCAUUGGACGACAUGGCUAAACUCAUCACUGUAGAAGAGAUGUCUCCUGCCCCUGGUCUGGUCUCCAUAUUGAAGAAGCGGAAUGUGUGUGUUGACACUGUGACUGUGUCUGCCAAUUCAGAGCCUCAGGGAAGUAAACCACCUUCCAAAAGACGAGUCCGCUUUAGAGUUCCUGAUGACGGUUUUGAGCAGGAUGUUGGUGGAGGAGACUCGUGUCUGCUUCUUUUCCUGCUUUGUCUAGUUACUGUUGUGAUCAGCGUGGGAGGCACUGCCCUCUACUGUGCUCUGGGUGACACCCACUCCUCAGUCUGUCAGGACUUCUCCAGAAAUGCAGACUUCUACAUCAGUCAGAUCCAGCGUGGAAUAGCUCAAAUUCAGCACUGGUUUGCCCCAGCCUCAUAGCAGUGGGGCAGUUUAUCAACCAUGUGAAGCCAAUGGCAUCACUGUUGAUGAGCCUGUGCUCCACCUGUUCUUGCUGGAAAGUGAUUUCUGAGGUAAUGGUGCCAGGUAGCUGCCACAGGUUCUUUUUAAUGUGGAUUAUGUGGCUAUUAUACUGCCUUAAUGGUACAGCAAUCAGAUAUGUCACCCAGUUUGUUAAGACGUAGCCAAGUGUCAUAAAGAUGUCUCCUUACAACAUUUUAAAACGGUAAUUUAGAAACAAAACAGUUAGACACAGAUCAAAACUAAAGAAGAAAGUAAGCAAACAGGAAGAACCACCUUAUUCAUGCCCCUUCAGCUCUGUCCAGAUAAAGUUUGGUUUAGAAAAUACCUGAAUGUGUCCUGUUGGGAUAUCUUAGAGGUGAAUUUAUAACAUACACAUCAACUGUAGGACGGUGACACACUGGCUGAAGAAAUCCUCCACAGAUGGAGUGGACUGGACACCAACUCUAAACUGAAGAAAAAAGAGCAGUAACAACUGUUCUAACCUGUGGAGUUGUAAAACGACAUAUAAUGUAGAGUUUAUAAAUAGGGUGGGCAUGGAGAUGCUCUCUCUACAUACUGCACAUAUGCGAAGGGCCCAAUGGGCAUUUUACAAACUGUUGCAACCACUGGUGUUGCUUUUAUUGUUGACAUUUUUAAAAUGGAGAUGAAAUUUUAAAAUGAACAAACCAUUCUCUGGUCUAAUACUUGGAAUGAAAUCGUUUUGUCUUAACAAUGUCUUAAAUCUUUGAAUGAAUGUUUUGCCUUCAACAUUCAACUUUGCUUUGUAUCAUUUAUGAGUCAUUUAUAGCCAAUAACAGACAGAAAAAGGUUGGCAAACCUCAGAUUUGAGUUUCAUAAGAACAACAGAUGCAUCGACUACAUCUUGGGGGAAAUUGUCCAUUUUAUUAGAAAUAGCUGUGAACAAAUUAAUAUUUGCUUAAAAACUUGCAUACCAGGUGUUCAGCAGAUGUUAUGGUGAAAAAAAACUAUAUUCCCCAUGUGUCAACACAUUUGACAUGUCUUGCUGGCCCUUUUCUGUAAAUUUUCCACUGGGGAAAUGUCUGCUAUUGGUUCCAAUGAGCUCGAUUAACACUGCUUUGUGUAGCACGUAAAGGAACACAGUGAACCUCUGUAUAUAUUGUCAAAAGAAUGUUUAUCACAUUACACAUAAGAAGGGUAUGGCUUUUUUUUUUUUUUUUUUUUUUUUUUAAGAUACUGCAAUAUUUCUACAGGUGCUGUCCUGUCAUCAACUGAUUAAAUACAGGUUUUUUACAGUUUGGUUGAAAAAUAUCCAUAUGCACAACUUUCUCUACAGUUCAGUGUGAGAAUCCACCUGCCAAUGAACAUGAUGUCCAGACAGAUCACACUUGAACAGAAAAAGAUUUAACCAGGCCCAGAAAAAAAGGACGAAGGAUGUGUAGAAUUAAUACUGAAAACAAAAACUCUUGAGAGUAAUUUACCAGGAUUUAAUGGGAUCAUUUGAUUAACUAAUUUGGACUAACUGUGUUAGUUCAGCUAUGUCUGUCUAUGUUUUCUGUUAAGGACUCUACUCUGCAGGUCAUCCUCAGUGUGUGUUUUCCCAGUUUUUACAAUUCAGAACACAUUUUGCCACUAAGUGGCAGUAACUUUUGCCAUUACUAGUCAAACACAUAUUCUAAUAGUUUCAGAUAGAGAUGGAAUACUUUCCUUGUUCAGUUUUUCUUAGGAAAUAUGUUUUAUUCUAAAGAAAACAAAAAUCCCAAAACAAAUCUGUUAUUGUACAUAAAACCAACAGCAGGUGUAACUUUUUUUUUCCUUUAUUUUUUUCUUUUUGUCCUUUCCCUCUUAUGUUUUAUUUUAAUACAUUGCAAUAGGUGGCAUCCUGCUAAUUAUUUCCCCUGUUAAAGGAUGCCAAAAUAAGUGCCCUAGAAAAACCACGUAUCUCUGAAAGAUGCAAAAAAAAGAAGAAAAAAAGAAAAUCUAGUUUCCUACCUAUGCAUUUUCAGUAUUAUCCUCAACUUAUGGCCUGUCAGUUAAAAUAAAUGAAAAAUCCUUGGAGAUAUGAGGUUUUCCCAGGGACCACGGGUUCAUUCUUGUUUUUAUUUGCACAUGUCUUCUGGCUGGUUCAGUCGACUGUAACACUGAAAACAUCUUAUUUAAUCUUGUGGAUUAUUUUAAUUAUUUAUAAGGAUAGGGCUCUCGUGUAUUUAGUUUAGAAGGAAAACAGGUGUAAAUCCUUUAUUCUGUUUUAUUUGGGAUGUUUUUGUUUUUGGCUUGAUUUUUGCCAUUGUAGAUCAUAUUGCUUCCAUUUCAUUUAUUUCUUUAGGGAGCUUUUAUAGAGAAUUAGACUUUUUAAAAACAGAAAUCAUUUUAAUACUUUGGUCAUAAUUAUUGGUUAUAUAAGGUUUCAUCAGUUUGCCUUACUGACUCCUGUAGGUGAUCUGAAAUUGGAGUAUGUCCAACUGCUGUCAUCUUCACAUCUUCACUGUAGAUUGUGAUUUGUUUACAGGUACAUGCACAUGUAUUUUACUUGGUCAGUCUUUAACAGAUUUAUUAAUGAAUGUAUGACAAGCAGUCUUUCUUAUGUAUGAAUCAAUAUUGCUGAUUUAUGACAGGUAUGUUAUCUAUUCAUGAAUGAUUUUUCUUGUUUCUUGCAAAUUGUUAUAUUUUGUUGUUUCUGAAAACUGCCUCCUUGUUGUAUCUCCUGUUAAAGACAUUGAAAGUGUUCA